AUGGAUUUGCCGUCUGCCGUCCAUGACCAUGUCGAUUCCAAAGACUUUCCAUCCAUCUCCCCAGAUGCCAGUGACAACGAGCAGGAUCUGGAAUCUGACUCUAUUAUGAUUGCUGCUGACUCUCACACAAGAAAUGGCAUUGGUAAGCCUGUCAGCAAUGCAAAGGAUCCUAAUCGCCCAAAGAGGAAGAAGGCAAGGAGGGCUUGUUACGCCUGUCAGAGAGCUCAUUUGACAUGUGGUGAUGAACGUCCAUGCCAGCGAUGCAUCAAGCGCGGCCUUGCUGAUGCCUGCCAAGAUGGUGUGCGAAAGAAGGCGAAAUACCUUCACGACGCUCCUAAUGAAGCACUGUUGCCUGGUGCUGCCAAUCACUACAGCCAUGGAGAGGCGAAGCGAUUAGCCAACAGACCUUCCAUCCAGACCGACAAUCUCCAACCACAGCAAUCCUUCUUUCAGAACCCACAGCCAUUCCCUCAGAUGUACACCACUACCCCGACCCAGCUGUCUGCGAUGCCUCCGCCUAGCAUGCACGAAAGAACGGCCUCCUUUGGCCAGCAGUCCUUCGCCUCGACCAUGUCUCAAACGAUGCCAUCACCUACAUCUGUCCGCCAUCAUGCUCAAUCCGUCUCUAUGCCUUCUGCUGGGUGGCAAGAUGCAUUAUUCGAAGAUUCUGGUGUCUUCAACUUCGACAUCGCUGGCCUAAAUUUUGGCAAUCGUUACGGUGCUCUGGAAUUUGGCAUGCUUGGCAAGAUGGCCACAGGAGCUGGAGACACCCCUGACAGUGACACGGGCACACAAAGAGGCUCGAUCGGUCAAUAUCAGAUGCCGUUUGGCAGUAUAAGCGAAAGUCCAUCACUUGGCUACGGGGAAGGAGCAGUCGACUGGACGAACGGAGUCAAUUUCUAUGGAAAUAUACCUUACAACCACAACGGGCCGAAUGCCUUUGCCAUUGAGUCUAACAUGCAUAAUUUCACAUCGCCUGAAGCCCAUAGCAAUACUCCAGAAGGCGUAAAGCACGAGGAUUCAUCCACGAUGAACGUGAACAUGCAGAACCAGCAGCAACUUCACAUACCACCACCGACGUCUUCCGCCACGAACUUCCUCCCACUAACCUCUGGCAACAUUGCUGAGACGAAAACUUCCGCACCACCUCCUGCUCUUAUCUCGACACCGCAGUUGAAAGCCAAGUCUCAGCUGCCUGUAAAACCAUCGACUUUGAAAAGACCACGAGACCCAUCCUCCAUAUACACUUCCGUCACGUCUCCUUAUCCCUACACUACUGGAUUUCACAGUCUGAUCGCCUAUCUACAACGUCGCUUUGCUGCCUCGCCAUCGAAAACACUUGCAAUAGCUAAAUCCCUUGCCAGCAUUCGGCCUUCCUUUAUAGCAACGACUAAGACGCUGAACAGAGAAGAUCUAAUAUUCAUGGAAAAGUGCUUCCAACGCACCCUUUGGGAGUAUGAAGGCUUCAUCGAAAGUGUCGGUACACCUACCCUCGUUGCAAGAAGAACAGGAGAGAUUGCUGCCGUCGGGAAGGAGUUCCAGAUCUUGACUGGAUGGAAAAAGAAUGUUCUACUGGGACGUGAGCCAAAUUUGAAUGUCAAUACUGGUCAUUCGGGCGGCACUCCGAGCGAGGCAGGAAGUGGUGCUAAUUCCAAGGGUCGCGGCACGGGUAUGAAUACACCCGCUCGACGACGCCUAGAAGAUGAACACGUCGAUGGAGCCUCGGGUCGUCAUCAGCCUGUCUUUCUUGCCGAGGUUCUCGACGAUGAAUCUGUCGUGCAAUUCUACGAGGACUUUGCAAGACUUGCAUUUGGUGAUUCUCGUGGAAGCGUGAUGAGACAAGGGAAGCUGCUCAAAUACAUGACCAAAGACGACGUAUUGGCGGCGAACCUGCUAAAGGCGAAACACGAGUCACAAAACAACGGCACAGAUCACAACGAAAAUAAUCGUAUGACCAGUUCCGAAUUACAACGAUUUCGACAAGGACUGACACGAAUGGAUUCCUUUGCUAUGUCACGACCGCUAGAUGCGAAGAAGGGCAUAAGCGGUGAGAAAGGACUGUCGAAGCUUGGAAGCUCAGACUCUAUCGAGGUCUCCUACUGCGUCACUAUCAAACGUGAUGUCUUUGAGGUACCCAUGGCUAUUGUUCUAAAUUUUCUGCCUUGUAUAUGA